AUGGCUGACGCUCCUGCCCCCGCUCGCGGCGGAUUCGGUUCUCGUGGAGACCGCGGUGGUGACCGUGGACGUGGUCGCGGACGUGGCCGUGGCCGCCGUGGCGGAAAGUCUGAAGAGAAGGAAUGGCAGCCCGUCACCAAGCUCGGCCGUCUUGUAAAGGCUGGCAAGAUCAAGAGCAUGGAGGAGAUCUACCUCCACUCUCUCCCCAUCAAGGAGUACCAGGUCGUCGACUUCUUCCUUCCCAAGCUGAAGGACGAGGUCAUGAAGAUCAAGCCCGUCCAGAAGCAGACCCGUGCUGGUCAGCGUACCCGCUUCAAGGCUAUCGUCGUCAUCGGUGACUCUGAGGGUCACGUUGGUCUCGGUAUCAAGACCUCCAAGGAAGUCGCGACCGCCAUCCGCGCCGCUAUCAUCAUCGCCAAGCUCUCCGUCGUCCCCAUCCGAAGAGGUUACUGGGGUACCAACCUUGGUGAGCCUCACUCGCUCCCCACUAAGGAGAGCGGAAAGUGCGGUUCCGUCACUGUCCGUCUCAUCCCCGCUCCCCGCGGUACCGGCCUUGUCGCCUCGCCCGCCGUCAAGCGUCUCUUGCAAUUGGCUGGUGUCCAGGAUAUCUACACUGCCUCUUCCGGUUCAACCAAGACUCUUGAGAACACCCUGAAGGCUACCUUCGUUGCCGUCGCCCACACCUACGGCUUCCUUACUCCCAACCUGUGGAAAGAGAACGCUCUCCGCCCCUCACCACUUGAGGAGUACAGCGACAUUCUCCGUGAGGGAAAGAGGUACUAG